GAGGGGAGCCCCCGCCCCCCUUCUCAGAGGCCUAUGGCUGGGGUUGCGGGGAGUAUUGGAACUGAGCUCUUGGUCUGGGGAGGCGGUGCGUUAAAUCCGCCCCCUCUUCAUACACAACUUCCGAGGGAGGUGGGCGAUAGAGGGGAGGUUGGGGUUGGACCAGCGGCGAGGGGGCCCCUCCCUUGCACCUCCCCCCACUGGACUUGGUCGCGCCCGAAGUGUAACACUUUCUCUUUGUCGGAGGAGCUCCUCUGUUUCCUGUGCAGUAGCUCCCGUUGCGGCGGCUCCCGUGGCAGCCCUGGCGGACGCAGGAGCGAUGGCAGCGACCGAUAUAGCUCGCCAGGUGGGUGAAGGUUGCCGAACUGUCCCCCUGGCUGGACAUGUGGGGUUUGACAGCUUGCCUGACCAGCUGGUGAAUAAGUCAGUCAGCCAGGGCUUCUGCUUCAACAUCCUGUGCGUGGGAGAGACUGGUUUGGGCAAAUCCACCCUCAUGGACACUCUGUUCAACACCAAGUUUGAAGGGGAGCCGGCCACACACACACAGCCAGGUGUCCAGCUGCGGUCCAACACUUAUGACCUCCAAGAGAGCAACGUGGGGCUAAAGCUGACAAUUGUUAGCACAGUGGGCUUUGGGGAUCAGAUCAACAAGGAGGACAGCUACAAGCCCAUCGUGGAAUUCAUCGAUGCGCAGUUUGAGGCCUACCUGCAGGAGGAGCUGAAGAUUCGAAGAGUGUUGCACACCUACCAUGACUCCCGAAUCCACGCCUGCUUGUAUUUCAUCGCCCCAACGGGUCAUUCCCUGAAGUCUCUGGACCUGGUGACAAUGAAGAAGCUGGACAGUAAGGUGAACAUCAUCCCCAUCAUUGCCAAAUCAGAUGCCAUUUCUAAGAGUGAGCUAACAAAGUUCAAAAUCAAAAUCACCAGUGAGCUUGUCAGCAAUGGGGUCCAGAUCUAUCAGUUCCCUACAGAUGAUGAGUCGGUGUCAGAGAUCAAUGGAACCAUGAAUGCCCACUUGCCAUUUGCUGUCAUUGGCAGCACUGAAGAACUGAAGAUAGGCAACAAGAUGAUGAAGGCGCGACAGUAUCCUUGGGGCACCGUGCAGGUUGAAAAUGAGGCCCACUGCGACUUUGUGAAGCUGCGGGAGAUGCUGAUUCGGGUCAACAUGGAGGAUCUGCGGGAGCAGACUCACACCCGGCACUAUGAGCUAUACCGCCGCUGUAAGCUGGAGGAGAUGGGCUUCAAGGACACUGACCCUGACAGCAAACCCUUCAGUUUACAGGAGACAUAUGAGGCCAAAAGGAAUGAGUUCCUAGGAGAGCUUCAGAAAAAAGAAGAGGAGAUGAGACAGAUGUUUGUCCAGAGAGUCAAGGAGAAAGAAGCAGAACUCAAGGAGGCAGAGAAAGAGCUGCAUGAGAAGUUUGAUCGCCUGAAGAAACUGCACCAGGAUGAGAAGAAGAAGCUGGAGGAUAAAAAGAAAUCCUUGGAUGAUGAAGUUAACGCUUUCAAACAGAGAAAGACUGCGGCCGAGCUGCUGCAGUCCCAGGGCUCCCAGGCUGGAGGCUCACAGACUCUGAAGAGGGACAAAGAGAAGAAAAACUUUUUUUAAUCUUGUCUUCAGCAGCUGCACUAAGUCUAAAGGAGAAGACUGCCAUUAUAGAAGAGUUAGGGUUCCAUAUUGUCUCAAACCAGAAAUCAUCCAGUUUCCUCUCCCCUCAAACUGCGUACACACACACACACAUACGCACACACACACUCCACUCAACGAGUGUUCAUGUGUACCCGUGUCCAGGCAAGAAGCUCUCUUCUGACUUACAUGGUAUUUUAAAUGGAAAUGUCUUGUCCUAAACUAACAAGGCAGGAAAAGAACCAUCAGAGCUGCAAAGUGGACCAAAUAUAACCUCAGAGAGACAACUACAGGAUUACUCACCCAAGUGUAAGUGACUGGGGCAGGAGGCUCCAGCUGGGUGUGGAAGUUCUAUUCACAAAUUUCUGUUUGAGUUCUGUGUUUUUCUUUUUAAACAAUUCUCAUGGUUCAGUGGGUUGACUGUGUACAGCCACGAUUAAACAUUUUUGAACAUGGAAGAGAAAGUCAAGCAACAUUGUAUUUUCUUCAGCAUUCACAGACCUUCUGCUGACCCCAGCAAAGGGGAAAAAUGUAUCCACUAACCCUCAGAUGGAGAAGGGAGAGAAAAGAUGGGGGUUAAGCUUAGUGAGCAAAAUUAUGCCAUUAAACUUUCCAAGGCCAGUUGGGCUUUCGAGAGGUUUCUGCUCAUCCUGGGAUCUGGAGGGAAAGCUUUGAUGUUAAUAAAUCUGCCUCGAGUUCAUUGGUUUAACUUGCAUCAAAAUACCAUGUGAGUGGCUCAUUACCAUAUAUCCCCACCACCGUUCUGCUGUCCAGUGUCUCUUGAGAGAGCCUCUCUGCAUGUUUUCCAGAAUCUGUGUUUGUUCUUCCUUUCUUCUCCUUUGUUCUUUUUGCUCAAAGGUGUGACCAGUCACUUCCUUCUGGGGCUUUCAUUCUCCAGGAGAAACAUCCCAGAACCAGCACCCUUUAGCUUGAUGCCUUUCUAAUGUCCAUGUCAAUUUUCAAUAAAAUUCAAAGAAAUGCUAAA